AUGCUCUCCCGGUGCAUCGCCCGCCAGUCGACAGCUCUCAGAGCUGCGACGAGGCAUUCGUUCGCGAGCAGCCAUGCCCGCCUCCUCUCCUCCACCGCCGCCCGUCGCGCCGACGACAGCAAGCUGAACAAGGUCUCGGCGACAAUCACCCAGCCCAAGUCCCAGGGCGCCUCCCAGGCCAUGCUCUACGCCACGGGCCUGACGGAGGACGACAUGAACAAGGCCCAGGUCGGAAUCUCCUCCGUCUGGUAUGAGGGCAACCCCUGCAACAUGCACCUGCUCGACCUGUCCAACCUCGUCCGCGACUCCGUCCGCAAGGCCGGCCUGAUCCCCUACCAGUUCAACACCAUCGGCGUCUCGGACGGCAUCUCCAUGGGCACCAAGGGCAUGCGCUACUCGCUGCAGUCGCGCGAGAUCAUCGCCGACUCCAUCGAGACGGUCAUGAACGGCCAGUGGUACGACGGCAACAUCUCCCUCCCCGGCUGCGACAAGAACAUGCCCGGCGUCGCCAUCGCCAUGGGCCGCGUCAACCGCCCCUCCAUCAUGGUCUACGGCGGCACCAUCCAGCCCGGCUGCAGCAAGGCCGGCGAGUCCAUCGACAUCGUCUCCGCCUUCCAGGCCUACGGCCAGUACAUCACCGGCGAGAUCACAGAGGAGCAGCGCUUCGACAUCAUCCGCAACGCCUGCCCCGGCUCCGGCGCCUGCGGUGGCAUGUACACCGCGAACACCAUGGCCACCGCCAUCGAGACUCUCGGCCUGACCAUGCCCGGCUCGUCGAGCAGCCCCGCCGAGCACCCCGCCAAGAAGGCCGAGUGCGAGACCAUCGGCGCCGCGGUCCGCAACAUCCUCAAGGAGGACAUCCGCCCCCGCGACAUCAUGACCCGCCAGGCUUUCGAGAACGCCAUGGUCGUCGUCAACAUUCUUGGUGGCAGCACCAACGCCGUCCUGCAUCUGCUUGCUAUCGCUGACUCCGUCGGCAUCAAGCUUACUGUCGACGACUUCCAGGCCGUCUCCGACCGCACCCCCUUCCUCGCCGACCUCAAGCCCUCGGGCAAGUACGUCAUGGCUGACAUGCACGACAUCGGCGGCACCCCCGGCCUGCUCCAGUUCCUCCUCAAGGAGGGCCUGAUCGACGGCUCGGGCAUCACCGUCACCGGCAAGACGAUGAAGGAGAACGUCGAGAACGUCAAGGGCUUCCCGGACAGCCAGCAGAUCAUCCGGCCCUUCAGCAACCCGAUCAAGCCCACGGGCCACAUCCAGAUCCUGCGCGGGCAGCUCGCACCCGGCGGAUCCGUCGGCAAGAUCACGGGCAAGGAGGGCCUGCGCUUCGAGGGCAAGGCGCGCGUGUACGACGACGAGGACGACUUCAUCGCGUCGCUGGAGCGCAACGAGAUCAAGAAGGGCGAGAAGACGGUCGUCAUCAUCCGCUACGAGGGCCCCAAGGGCGGCCCCGGCAUGCCGGAGAUGCUGAAGCCCAGCUCUGCCAUCAUGGGCGCCGGGCUGGGCAAGGACGUCGCGCUGCUGACGGACGGCCGCUUCUCCGGCGGCUCGCACGGCUUCCUGAUCGGGCACAUUGUGCCGGAGGCCAUGGAGGGCGGGCCGAUUGGGCUGGUGCAGGACGGGGAUGUGAUUACGAUUGAUGCGGAGUCGCGCGUGAUCGACACGAAUGUGUCCGAGGAGGAGAUGGCGAGGAGAAGGGCGGAGUGGAAGGCGCCGCCGCUGAAGUACAGCAAGGGCACGCUGAAGAAGUACUCUCUGCUCGUGAGCGACGCGUCCUCGGGCUGCAUUACGGACGGCAAGCUGCAGUAA